AUGUCCAUCCCCAGAUUGGCCACCACCAUCCCGACAAGUUUUGAUCCUCAACUUCCUGUCAAUGCCGGACCAGUCCCGAAAAAUGAACGCCCGAAGGUCCCCGUCAUCCGAGUUUUCGGGACGACGGAGACGGGGCAAAAGGUAUGCGCUCACGUACAUGGCGCAUUCCCAUAUCUCUACAUCGAGUAUCAAGGAAGCUUGAAUCCAAAAGAAGUAAACACUGCCAUUCGCACGCUUCAAUUGUCUGUCGAUCACGCCCUGGCGAUAAGUUAUCGCCGAAAUGCAUACGAAAAGAAAAUGGCGUAUGUUGCCCACAUCACCUUCGUAAAGGGCAUUCCCUUCUACGGGUAUCACGUUGGAUACAGGUUCUUUUUUAAGAUAUACCUGUUCAACCCUAUGAAUAUGACGCGUCUUGCCGACCUUCUGAGACAAGGAGCUGUCAUGAAACGCGUUCUGCAGCCUUACGAGAGCCAUCUGCAAUAUUUGUCACAAUGGAUGUGUGAUUACAAUCUGUACGGCUGUGCGUAUCUCAAGAGCAGCAAAGUGACUUUCCGAGCACCGAUACCGACCUAUCUAGGAAACUCGACACAUAUUUGGCAUGACCGUUCCAUUCCAGAGAGCGCUGUUCUUGAUAAUUCCAUUUUGCCACGACAGAGUCACUGCGAUUUAGAAGUUGAUAUCCAUGUUCAAGAUAUUAUAAAUCGUUCCGAGGUUAAGGAGCGGCCCAUACAUCAGGACUUCGUCGAAAUGUUUCAGCCUCUGGAACCGGACAAGAAGCUUGUACCCAGCUUGGCUGGGCUAUGGGAAGAAGAAGCCCGGCGAAGGAGGAGCAAGCUUAACCCCUCCGAUGCGGAUAGCGGCUCCUCUUUCCGUCCUGAAGAGUUGGUAUCCAUGUCUGCAGAUCCUAGAAAAACGGGUCCUGGCGGUUGGGUUCAUGAGGAGGAGUAUAGAACAAAAAUGCAAGCUGUUGCAGAUGAGGAGCAUCUUGGACGAAAGCCCACUUACACUGAUUUUGUCGCUACGACGUCUUUCGAAGCUACCAUUCGAUCAGCUUUGAGCAGUGUUGAAGAUCUGUUUCCUGGUAACAUACAGGUAAUGGAGCCCGAGGAUUUUGGAAUUGAUAAAAUGGCGGAGGAGUCGAGGGCGCAUGUCGAUGUAGAUGAGAGCCUUAUAGUUACCCCUAGACAGGAGGGCUUCUCGUAUGAUUCGGAUGAUGAUGAUGUGAAUGACUCAUUUUUGCACGAGCAGGAAGUUGAGAUUGCAGGAAACUUAGAGCCCAAAUCAGGCGGAUGA